AUGUCGACCUCAGACGAUCUUCUGUGGACUCUCCCAGUGCAGUUGACUGAGACCCUUCACAGAGACAUCUACGACCUCAUCUCUCCUGAGAAUCCGGCCAAUAAUCAGCAAGGGAAGAUUAUUCUCAUAACUGGCGGAGGUUCUGGUAUUGGAGCGGCAGCAGCACGAGUUUGGGUCCGUGCAGGUGCUGAAGGAGUCGUCAUUGCCGGGCGGCGAGAAGACGUUCUUCAAAAGACAGCUGUUGAGUUGACUUUGCUCGGCCAAGGGAAAACCAAAAUCCUUGCUGUCCCAACAAAUAUUGCUUCUGAAAACGACGUCGAAAAUCUGUACGCAGAAGUCAAAAAGAGAUUUGGUCGAACCGCGGAUGUCGUUAUUGCCAAUGCUGGAGCUGUACCACCCACAAAACCCCUAGCCGAGUUAGACAUCAACACCUGGUGGGCCGGAUACGAAGUCAACGUGAAGGGUAUGCACAACACUGUUGUUCACUGGAUCCGAAGCCAGGCCAACCCUAAAGAGCCAGAAGGGACUUUCAUCAAUGUCAGCUCUGGGCUCGCCGGUAUCAAGAUUCCAGGAGGAAGUGCCUAUGGAUCGAGCAAACUCGCUGGACACCGUUACACCGAAUAUAUCGGCCUUGAUUAUCCAAAAAUCAGAGCAUUUACUACGAUUCCCGGUGUGGUAAUGACUGACGUGCUGAAGGAGGAGGAGUGGCUACAUCCGUUCGCCAAAGAUGCGCCAGAGAUGACUGGCGGAUUGGCCUUGUAUCUUUCAUCGAGCAGAGCUGACUUCUUGAAGUCCUCUCUCAUCAGCGUCAACUGGGACCUCGAGACCAUUGAAGCGCACAAAAAGGAGGUCGAGGAAGGAGCUCUGCAGGCACAUUGGAUUCCUUUGUUGCCUAUGGCAGGAGGGAAAGGCUGGUAA